CACCCCCAGCAGGCGCCGGCCGGAGCUCGGGCACCCAGCAUGCGGGCACAGCUUAUGCGGAGGACGCUGCUCAGUCUGGUCCUUGGACUCCUGUUCCUGAGUACGCCGGCCAUGGGCAGCUGUUUGGACAACUACCAAGAGCUCCUUGGGCAGCUCCAGAAGCUGGCGGACUUCAUGCAGCACACCAGCAUGCUCCUGGACCCCUAUAUCAGCAUCCAAGGCCUGGACAAGGAUGGUCUGAAGAAGCACUGUCGGGAGCGCCCCGGGGUCUUCCCCAGCAAAGAUGCCCUGCAGCGGCUCAGCAGGCAGGAAUUUCUGCAGAUCCUUAACACCACACUGGGCCAUGUUCUGCACAGACUGAGAACUUUACAGAAGGACAUCCCCAAAGCCCAGGACUUAGAGAAGCUAAAUAUAGCAAAGUUAAACAUUCGCGGGUUCAAGAACAAUAUCCACUGCAUGGCCCAGCUGCUUCCAGGCUCCUUGGAGAAGACUGAGCCCACUCCGACAGGCCCAGGGGCUUCUCCGUCACCCACCCCCAUCUCAGACGCCUUUCAGCGCAGGCUGGAGGGCUGCAGGUUCCUGCAUGGCUACCACCGCUUCAUGCACUCAGUGGGUCAGGUAUUCCGAGAGUGGGGGCAGAGCCCGAGUCGGAGCCGGAGACACAGCCCCCGCCGGGGCCUGCGGAAGGGGAAGCACAGGACGCAUCUCUCCAGCAGGAACAAAAGACUCAUGCCCAGAGAGUGGUUGCCCCGGUAGCCUUAGGGGUAACCCUGACAGAUAAAGGACUCACAGGUAUUCUGUAGGAUGGCCCAUCCCCGCCGGCCUCCAAACCUGCUCUCCUCUGUUCCCCACCCCCUCAGAAGCGCACUUUAAGGGGUGGGAGCCAAGCAGGCCCCUCUACCUCCUUCAGGCGGGGAGGGUAGGGUUAGACCAUUUAACCCCCAGCCCUGAGUUCCCCAGUCUCGGUGGGAUGGCCAGGUCAGGCCACGCGGGGCUAACUUUCCAUUGAUUCAGGGGUCUGAUGACACAGGCUGACUCAUGGCCAGACUGACUGCCCCCCCUGCUCUGCUCCCCAGAGGCCUGUCGGCCCUUCCCUCUCAUGACUUGCAGGGCUGUUGACCCCAGACUUCCUCCUUUCCAUGGAGGCAUGGUUCCGAGGGGGAGGUCAGGGCCUGAGCUGGCCUCUUAUGCCUCAUUGACAGUCUCAGGCCAGACACCUGGACAUCUGGGUGACCUCAUUUUAGGCAGCUGUGACACAGGCAGAGUGUCCUAGAAGGAGUGCUGAUCGGGGUAGGGUGUCUAAAAGUGGGGCUCAAGGGCCAGCUCAACCCCUCUCACUGUGUAGCCUCGGGAAGACCACCUUACCUCUCUGGACUUCAGUUUUCUUUUUGUGAUUCAAGAGAGUUGGGACCGUGUAAAGCCCUCUCUGCUUGCCAGUAGCUGGGAUUCUAUGGCAUACAGUGGAUAUCAAAUGCAGUGCAAAUGGACAUGGAGUAAAGACCUAGUGUCUGGAAGUACCCAGUCUUGGGUCCUGGCUGCUGGCUCCUCCCCCUGGUGGUGCAUCAUGAAAUUUUCUCAUGCUGAAGCAAGGGAGUCCCAGAAGCUGCUGGGCCAAUUCUUUGCAGGAAUAUGAUUAAUUUAUCGAUUUUUAUCAGUUUUUAUCUGUUUCCUAUUUAUAAGGCUUAUUUAUGAUACGUAUUUAAUGUUAAUAUUGUGCCAACAUAUAUUUAAAACUUGCCUGGUUUCUAAA